AGGAGUUGUAAAAUGUCUGUUGAAAUGUCGUGGACGAUGCUUAGUUUGAAAAAUCACUGUUAUUGGCGGCGCCUUUGCGGCGCUUUUCUUGCUAGUUAUCAACAUCUGUCUACAAUUGUCUCGCAAGAAACGUUUUUCACUCGUGUAAAGCCCAUAUCUAAGGCGUAUUGUGUGCAGUUUGACUAUGCUAUAAACGAAUGCAUUGUGGUUUCCACGAGAGAUAGAACUUCGAAGGAAGAAUGUGAGCUCAGUUGUUUACCGAUGACAGCGUUCGAUGGGUCAUUUAUUCAAGAACUGCGUACAAAAGGUGUAUCCGGUCGGUUCUAGAGCUAUAAACUGAACAUUUGUUUUGCUAGCUCACGUAAACGUCCAGCCCUCCUUUAAAUGAAUAUUCAGACUUGUUUUGCCGCUCAGCGAGAAAAACUUUACUGGAUUUAAGCGUGAUUAUCCUCCUCAGAAAAGCGACAAACUUCAGCGGCCAAACGUCCUCGAUGUUAAAUGGUUGAUUAGGCGUCGUAUUCACCUUCAUUUACAAAUCUAACUCUUGACGUCCAGGUUGUUUUUAUGGUGAGUAGUCUAUACUGUAAAUUAGCUUAGCCUUAAAAAUAAUUUUUUAGGAAUAAUUUGCCUAUGAUAGCUUUUUGCUUUGAUAACUAAAAUGUAAAACGGGAUACUUUCUAAACCACGGUGUACUUAAUUUUGUUCAAGGAUCUAUUAAAGGGGUUGUGUGUCUCCUUUUUAUUUUCAUGUAAUUUUCUAAUUAUUUUUUCACUUUUUUAUGUUAGCGUGACAUUUACGGUAGGCUUUUUCAUUUUUCAAUUCAGAUUAAGGGUGUUGAAGUAGAUCAGUGCCAUCAAUUUGAUUUGAAGUAGGUUUCUAUCCAACUUUUAGCAAAUGUCUUUGACAAAUGAACAUAAAACAAUAGUUGGGACAAGCAGACCAUACAGCAAUGCUUUAUGAAUCCCAGUUUAAGAAGUAAGUAGGUAUCAUAUUCUGUCAAAAUCCCUGUAGAUAUGACAAUUACAUUGUUCCCAAUUGAAAUGGUAAACAAUAAGUUCUCUUCUAGUGAUCUUAGUUAUAGUUAAUCACAGUUUUUCUUUCAUGUUGGGUUAAGAGUAUCAGUUUUAAGAAUGAUUGUUGUUCCUUUUAUGGCAAAACUUAACAAAAACAAAAGACAGGAGACUACCAAGAGAUGAUUUUCCCUGGUGGUGUUAAAGCCACCCUCAGAUUGUUCGAGUUUAUGUCUUCCUAACAUUUGUCACUUUAUCCAAUCAUCAAGCUAUUUUGAAUGAAUUUGGAGAAUGCAAGUGGUCUGUUGUCAUAGAUAAAUCAAUUGAUAGAUGCAAUUAAAACAUAAAGGAUACAGAAAGAGAGACGUUUCCAAGUCACUGAUUUAUAAGACAUUGAGGGAGUAAUCAUUUUAAGCUUUGUUUAUUUGUUGACUUGUUUAGAUUCUUUGAAUUUAAAAGGACGAUGAAAUUAUACUGUAGGUGUUAUCAGCUUUAUCUUUAGAUUACCCAUUAUUAUGUGGGGUCUUUAAUCUUUUGUUUUAUCUUUUUUCUGUUAGUUAAGCUGACAUUGCAUUUGAAGAUUCUAGGCGAAAUCUUUCAUUGAACCACAACAAAACAAGCAUCACACAAAAGAUUUGAUCAUGACAUCUGUCAGUGAUUCUACAACUCGCAGAUCUAAGAAGAAACUACCAAACAUCCCUCGAGAGGAAUUAGCACUGCAUGGAAGUGGAGGAUCAUUUGAAUUUGGUGGUAAAGCUCAUGAUUUACCACCUGAAGUGCAGGCACAGUUUAUCAGGCAUGUGCACAAAAGAUCUCGUUCAUUGACAGGGCUGAAUACAAUUGAGUUUGAAAAAAAGUUGCAGGCUGAAGCUGAGAAGGAAAAUGUGGAACCAAAACCUUUACUUGAGCAAAGUUUAACAGCACCAAAACAGGAGCAGUUGACUGGAAAGAAAGAUGAAAGUACAGCAGUUGCACAUUCUUUGCCGUCAACUCCAGUUUUUAAUCGUAAAUCAAGUGCAAGUUUAGUGAGAUCAGCUGAUGACAGAGGGGAACUUGUGAAAGAGCUUAGAUGGCACUACAAACAGUAUGUGAAGACAGCAAGACGGAACAAAGAGAAGCUUGCCAAUGCAGCCAACAUUGGGGAUGAUAACAACAGUAGCCUGAGUCUAGAAGGGAUAUCUUUAAGUGAGGUUGACCAUCAAAAUGCAAGAACCACCAACAGCUCUGUAAUUCAGACAAACAGAUGUGACCAACCAAAGUGUGGCAGACCAGUAGAAAUUCUUGAGCGCGUGGCAGUGGAAAAUCAUGUGUUUCACAAAAGCUGCUUUGUUUGUGCAAUAUGUAACUCCUGGCUGAACCAUUUUAACUACUGCUAUGUUCCUGACCAUGACAAAUUUUACUGCAUUCAACACUAUCAGGAUCUCGAGAAUGCCAGUUUCGGAUUAGGAGAGGAUAUUCGGCAUGCAAUGGGUAUAGGACCAGGAGUACAACAACAGUUUAAAUUUAUACCUGAUUCUAGUGAUGGUAGCAAAGACACCAAAGGAGCAAACAAGGUGCAGAAUUCAAUCAGAAUCAUGAAAGAAAAAAUUUCUCUGCUUAGCAAAAGAGGAAAGAAGCUGAUAAAGAAAGAGAGGAAACUGAAGUCUAACCUUGAUGAGUUUAAAGGUUCUUAUGCUGAGAAACAAACAUUAUGGGUAGAGUGGUUUAGUACUGUGCAGGAUAAAAACAGUACAGUCAGGAGGGAAGCAGAACUUUCAUUUAAGGUCAGGGAGCUGGAGCUGGCAGAAAAAUACUCUCAGUUGGAAAGAAAGCUGAGAGAAUUAUCUGAAAAAGAUGAAAAAAUAAAGACAGAGUAUGAUAAGUCUAAAGAAAAUGAAUUACUACAAGAGAUGCUUGAGGUGGUGGAGAAAAGAGAGCAGCUGAUAUCUGAAGUAGAGAAUGCCAAGAAGAGGUAUGCUGAAGAAGACAGCGAGAUUGAGAAAGAGAGAAGAGAUGCAGGACUGAAUGAUCCUGAUGUUGUAAGGGAGGUGGCUGCUGCUGGAAGGGAAGCCCAGAAAGUAUCUGAAGCUGUCAAAAAAGCACCAAGUGCUGUCAAAAAACACUCAGAGUUUAUGUGCCCUGGAUCUUGCAUUUUGCUCUGAUACUGAUGUGGAAUAAAAAAAUUCAAACUUUAAAACUUUUGUCAUUAUUUUUGGUAGAGUGCAUUAAAAAGAAUAAUUAUUGAAAA